UCUAAUAAACACUAAAGUCACCUUUAACUAGCACUUUGGAAUAAUGAGCAUUUAGUGCGAAGGAUUGUUGCACUUUUGGAAAAAGUAGAAUUGGGUGCUGUGGGGAGAUCAUUCUUAGGAACAUUAACUUGGUUGAGCUACCAAUAUUAAAAUAUAUAGUGCAAAGGGACGAGAUAGAGCAUAGAAACUGGUAUGCUAUUGUUGGAAAAGUAUUGGUUUAGAGUUUCACUCAAUGCAUUGGAUGUUGGCAGAGGUAUGGCACAACGAGAAAUACCCAAGGAAACUUCAAAACUUGCGAGCUGUGAUGCUUACUUUGAGACAAUUCAGAGCAGGAAAAAACUGCCCAUGUUGUUACAGGAGAAUUUGACAGAGGCAUUUGCAAGAAUCCCAGUUUCAUCCUUCCCAAAAGUCCCUGGAGGCAAAGUUAUUGAGAUUCAAGCCGACACAUCCAUUGGAGAUGCAGUCAAGAUUCUAUCCGAGUCCAACAUCCUGUCAGCUCCUGUAAGAAACCCCAGUGCUGAAAGCAGCAUGGAUUGGAGGGAUAGAUACUUGGGAAUGGUGGAUUACUCGGCCAUUGUUCUGUGGGUGCUGGAGAGUGCAGAGAUUGCUGCAGCCGCCUUGUCAGCCAGUACUGCCACUGCUGCGGGGAUCGGUGCAGGUGCUGUUGGAGCUCUCGGAGCUGUUGCACUGGGCGCAACCGGCCCUGCAGCAGUUGCCGGACUCACCAUUGCCGCGGUUGGCGCUGCUGUAGUUGGUGGCGUGGUUGCCGAUAAAGGCCUAGGAAGGGACGGCCCAACAGCUGCUGAUAAAUUGGGGGAGGAUUUCUACAAAGUCAUCCUGCAAGAAGAGCCUUUCAAGUCCACCCCAGUGAGGUCGAUCGUUCGAUCCUACCGGUGGGCGCCUUUUCUUCCGGUUGCAUCAGAUAGCUCGAUGUUGUCGGUUUUGCUGCUCCUGUCAAAAUAUAGGCUUAGAAAUGUGCCCGUGGUCGAACCAGGCCAGCCAUUAGUGAAGAACUUCAUUACUCAAUCUGCAGUUGUUCAGGGUCUGGUGAGAUGCAAAGGAAGAGAUUGGUUUGAUUCCAUUUCGGCUCAGCCUAUUUCUGCUCUGGGCCUUCCUUUUAUGUCCAUCAAUGAGGUUAUUAGCAUAGGAAGCAAUGAACUGAUACUGGAAGCUUUCAAGAGAAUGAAGGAUAACCAAAUUGGAGGGCUCCCAGUUGUGGAGGGUCCAAAUAAGAAGAUCAUUGGCAAUGUGAGCAUAAGAGACAUCAGACACUUGUUGCUCAAACCGCAGCUUUUCUCCAAUUUCAGGCAACUCACCGUGAUGGGCUUCAUGAACACAGUGGCUUCGACGAGCCACGACUGUGGGAAGGUGAUAGCGCCGAUAACAUGCAGGCUGGACUCGACCCUUGGCAGCGUCAUCCAAACUCUUGCUUCAAAGUCGGUUCACAGAAUCUAUGCGGUGGCUGGAGAGAACAAUGAAAUCGUUGGCGUGAUCACUCUUAGAGAUGUCAUCUCUUGCUUCAUCUACGAACCCCCUAAUCACUUCGAUAAUUACUUCGGGUUCGCGUUGCAAGAAAUGUUGGACCAGUGA